AUGAACGACGACCGCGAGGCAGCUAGGCUCUGGCGUAUCAACCGCACUAUCCAUGAGCUAGUGGCUGAUCGUGGCUAUGAAGUCUCCGAUGAGGAGAUCAACGUUGAUCUUGACACUUUCAAGGCGGAAAUGUCAACCAACGGUGUCGUUGAUCGCAAUCGCCUGAACUUCUUCACUCAGCACAAGGAUCGCCCAGAGGACCGCCUUUUUGUUUUCUACUCCAUGGAAAGGAACGUCGGUGUGAAAACUAUGAGGCAGUUCAUCAACAUUCUGGAAGAGAAAAAUAUCACGCGCGGUAUCAUUAUUUGGAGCGACAAAAUGACCAGUGCGGCUAAGAAGGUAAUUGAUGCCAUGAGACUCCAGCUUGUUCUUGAGGACUUCGAGGAGGCCUUUUUACUGGUGAACAUUACCCAUCACCAACUCGUGCCCAAGCACGAGGUCCUUACUGCUGAAGAGAAGACAGCCCUUCUUCAGCGCUAUCGUUUGAAAGAUUCGCAACUCCCACGUAUCCAGCAGAGUGACCCAGUGGCUCGCUACUUUGGACUUACCCGCGGUCAAGUCGUAAAAAUUACGCGUCCCUCGGAGACAAGUGGUCGUUAUUGCUCUUACCGAAUUUGCAUGUAA